GUAACCAUCGACCAACUGUAGUAAGAGCUUAGUUUUGACGCAACCAUACUGCUUUGCUUUCUGAAGGAGAUUCUCCUUCAAUUCCUAUAUCUAACUUAUUAUUCUUAUCUCCUUCUCGCUUGAGCUGCUUCAAUUCUCUCUAUCUCUCUGUUUCGAUCAAGCGAAGCCAAAGAUGUCGUGGCAGCAGUAUGUUGAUGAGCACUUGAUGUGUGAUAUUGAUGGCAACCACCUCACUUCUGCUGCUAUCAUCGGACAAGACGGCACCGUUUGGGCUCAGAGCUCUACCUUUCCUCAGUUUACAGCUGAAGAAGUAACUGGAAUUAUGAAUGAUUUUGCUGAACCUGGAACUCUUGCACCAACUGGCCUCUUUCUUGGUGGCACAAAGUACAUGGUGAUUCAGGGUGAACCAGGGGCUGUUAUACGAGGAAAGAAGGGCUCUGGCGGAGUAACUAUCAAGAAGACCAAUCAGGCUUUGAUAAUUGGCGUAUAUGAUGAGCCUUUAACUCCUGGUCAAUGCAAUAUGAUUGUGGAAAGGCUUGGGGAUUAUCUAAUUGAUCAGGGUCUUUAGUUUCUUAGUUGAAGAUGUUGGGAUCUACAAGCACUACAAAACUUGUAAACUUGGUUUCUGCUGUAUUGAGUAUUUGUAUUUGUGAUUCUGGAUAGAGCUGUGUUAAUUUAUAAAGAAAAAGUGAUGUCUUUCUGUUAUAUUUCUGUAUUUUAGUUUUAAAUUUAAA